UCCUCCUUUCAAAAGUUACUUUUUCUCUCUCUCUCGCGCGCACGCGUCAACCAUAGUCAGCUACAGCAUCGUGUGGAAUGGCUCCAUUAUCUACCGAUGCGGAGAUGUCAUCACUGCCAUCUCUCGAAGAGCUGACCUCAAGGAACGCCAGAUCAAUAAUCCUCCCUUAUAUCAUCCACUUCUCCGCCACUUCUCCGCUACCAGAACAUCCACUUGAGGUAAGGGUAGUGGUGGACGCAACGAACAGAUCAAUUACUUUCAUUGAGGUUAAGGAAGCGCCUUUACCUGCAACUAAAGCGUCAAUUGAAUCGAUGCCGAUGGUUUCGGUUUUUGAACAAGGGAUCGAAUGCGCCAUCUGUUUGUUAGAAUUCGAAGUCGGUGAUGAAGCUAAGGAGAUGCCGUGUAGACAUAAGUUUCAUUCAAAUUGUGUUGCGAAGUGGCUAGGGAUUAAUGGAUCGUGUCCGAUUUGUAGAUAUAAGAUGCCAAUUGAAAGUGCAGAGGAUGAAGUUAUGUUUACGUUUGAUGUUAUUGUUAAUCAUGAUGUUGGUAAUUGGGAUUUUGACUUAGAGUCCGAUUUUGGCGAUGAAUCGGCAGCUGAAGAUAUGGUCAUAGACAGCAAAUAAUUUGGUUACCUCUUUUCAUAUUUUGGUGUUUUGUAGUUUCAUAGUAUUGAAUUAUAGAGAUUUUUUUAUUUGUAUAAAAUAUUAUACAAAAUAAAUUAGUUU